AUGGACAACCCCGUCAACGACAUCCGCCGCGUCGUGAGCGAGCUGUGCGAGCCGGACGACGCGAGGGAGAUGGUUGCCGCGGUGGACAAGUACUUCACGGACGACGCGAGGUUCAUUUACCCGCUUCUGAACUCUCCGAAGGGGUCCGGCAAGGAAGGCAUCAAGGCGGCGUACAAGAUGCUCCGCGUCCUCAGCUACGGGCAGAAGUUCACCUUUCACGCUGUCGGCUUCGACCGCAAGAGCGUCAGCAAGGGCGUCGAGCGCCAAAAGGGCUUUCUCGACUUGACGGAGCACUUGAAGUUCAAGUUCAUUCCAUUGCCCGAUAGGUUGAAUCCGACGUUCCACAUCCGGUUCCUCACCCGCGUCGACCUCGUCAAAGGCCACGACGACAAGUGGUACAUCGAAAAGCAGGAAGACUCGCUGCCGAGCGACUACGGCUCGACUGGCCUCCGCCUCUUCCCGUUCGACGUCGAGAUUUCCAACUUCAUCAAGUGGGUCACGGGCAUGGGCACGCUCAUCGUCGGCGGCACGCUCAACCGCUUCAACCUGCUCUGA